AUGACCGCGCCAUCUCGUCCAAACAUCCUCUUCAUCAUGGCCGAUGACCAUGCUUCGAAGUCUAUCUCAUGCUAUGGGGCUGGGAUCAACAACACCCCAAAUCUCGACCGGUUAGCAACUGAAGGCAUGAAAUUCAACCACUGCUACGUGACCAACAGUAUCUGUACGCCAUCGCGGGCUGCGAUCCUCACUGGAACACAUAACCACGUGAACGGCGUCAUGACCCUGGACUCGAAAAUCAACAAGCACAACCCAAACGUUGCAAAGGCCCUGCGAACAGGUGGCUACCAAACGGCGAUGGUAGGAAAAUGGCAUCUGGGCGAGGGAAGCGAGCAUGAACCAACCGGAUUUGAUUACUGGAGCGUUGUCCCUGGCCAGGGCGAAUAUCACGACCCCGAGUUUAUCGGACCAGAGGGCAAAGUCAGAGAACGCGGAUACGCUACCGACAUCAUUACAGACAAGAGUCUGAAGUGGAUCAAGGAGCGAGAUCCCCAGAAGCCUUUCUUCAUGAUGUGUCAUCACAAAGCACCUCAUCGCAGCUGGGAAUGUCAUCCCAAGCACAAAGAUCUGUAUCGAGACCCUGUCCGCCUCCCGGAUACCUUCACCGACGACUACAAGAACCGUGCGAAGGCAGCGAAGGUUGCCAAGUUCCGCGUCGCAGAGGAUCUCACAUACUUUGAUCUGGGGUUGGUGCAACCAGAUGGUGGCAGCGAGGUCGGCGAGAAAAUGAUCGAUAGAUGGUGGUUCCAAGACCGAAAGAUCCCUGCUCCAGACGAUGUGACGAAGAUGCGACUCAUCGACAAGGAGGAUGGAACGGUGUUCACUUUCAAAACGACACAGGAGUUAGCAGAGUUCAAGUUCCAGCGGUAUAUGCAGCGCUAUCUCCGGACAAUUCAGAGCAUUGAUGACAACGUGGGCCGGACGCUGGACUUCUUGGAGGAAGAGGGAUUAGCCGACAACACGAUUGUGAUUUACACUUCCGACCAGGGCUUCUUCCUUGGGGAGCACGGCUGGUUCGAUAAGCGAUUCAUGUACGAGGAGAGCUUCCAAAUGCCGUUCCUCAUCCGAUACCCUCGGGAAAUCCCGGCAGGUAGUGUCUGCGAAGACAUUAUCUGUAAUGUGGACUUUGCGCCGAUAUUCUUGGACUUUGCCGGUCUCCGCAUGCCGUCCUAUAUGCAGGGGGUGAGCUUCCGCGAAUCGCUGAGGUUGAAUACGCCUCAUGAUUGGCAGCAGGUGGCGUAUCAUCGCUACUGGAUGCAUCGCGAUGUUAUUCAUGAGGCAUAUGCGCACUAUGGUGUGCGAGACCGGAGGUAUAAGUUGAUCUAUUGGUAUAAUGAGGACUUUGGGAUUGAGGGGACCAGACCCGGUGGCGAGGAGAAGGAAUGGGAAUUGUUUGACUGUGAGAAAGAUCCACUUGAGUUGUUUAAUUGUUACCAUGAGGAGAAGUACGGUGAGGUGGUCAAGCGCAUGACACGAUUGUUGGAGGCCAAGAUGGAGGAGAUUGGCGAUGAGCCUGUGCACCCUCGCGAGGCAGUGUAA